AUGUUUAUAUGUUGUAAAAGUAACAAAAAGCUAAAAGUUGUGCAAACUUAAACAUAAACUCCUCCCUUAUAAGCUUAACCCAAACAAUCUAAAUACUAAAUAAGAACCUCAAAUGAUCAAGAUCAACACUCCACUAAUCUAACCAACAUGGAAGGAACAAAUGAUAAAAUCAAUCUGAGCCUACAAGAAGUAGAAAAAUUCAUUUUGCAUGACAAGAAAACCAUAGAACAAGAACGUGAAUUAGUUACAAAAUUGAUUGAAUUACCUGAUAAAACUCACUUAAUUGAAUUUAAUUGGGCAAUAGCAUAUACUAAUUAUAUAAAGGAUGCAGGAAUAUAACCUGGAGAGAUUAGGAACAAAAUCUUAUAUGAUAAAAUUAAAGGGAAAGAAGAAUUAAUUUUAGAUAAGGAUUAUGUAUUGGUUAAUGAUUAAGUAUGGAAUGUGCUGGUAAAUAUUUAUAAAGGAGGACCUAUGCUUACAAUAAAUGAUUUAUACAGAAAAAGUGAAAAUAAUAUUUUAGAUUAGUCUCUUAAAGUAUUUGCAUCACCUUCAAUAGAUGAUCUUGACAAAAAAUAAGCCAAAAUUAGAAAUCUAAAAUAAAUGCCAAUCAAAGAACUUUAAAUAAUUGGAUUAGAAAAUGAAAUCUACUUUUGCUAUUUAAAUAGUGUAUUAUAAUGUCUAAUGGGUAUCCCUUAAUUAAAUUACCAUUUCCUAUAUUCAUAUUAAUCUGAUUGCAAACUAUUUAGUAAUGCUUAUACACUAUUGUUAAAAAAGUCAUCUAAAGUACACUAUAAAGCACGUUUAGUAGCUAAAGAACUAAUAAAAGUGUUAUAAAAGCAUUUCUCAAUUUAUGAAAUGCAUGAUAGCUCUGAAUUAUUGCUAUUUAUUCUAGAUAAAUUUAAAGAAGAAUUCUUUAUUAAUAAUGCUCCUCAAUUUAAUAAACCUGAAUAAUGUUAGUUUAAAUAAUCUCUUACAUUCAUAGAUGAAAUAUUCUAUGGACAAUUAACUUCAUUUAUCAAAUGCACAAGUUGCGAUAAGAUAAGUUAACAUUAAGAUCCAUUUUAUGAUUUAAGUUUACCUCUUGUUGGUAAGAAUUUUAUGUAGAGAAAAUUAACAAUAUAAGAAUGUCUUAGUAAUUAUUUCAAAGAAGAAUUGAUUGAAGGAGAAUGGACAUGUUCAUUUUGUAAUUAAAAGUUAAGAAAUAUUAAAAGGCGUGUUAAAAUCACAUUUACACCCAAUAUUUUAGUUUUGUAAUUAAAAAGAUUCCAAAGUUAUCCAUUAAAAAAAAAAAUAAAAGAACCAGUUAUUGCUGAUAUGGAAUUGAAUAUUAAAAAGUAAAUUAUUAAAUUUAUUUAUAUAGUUUUUGUGUUCCAGAGAUAGUAGAAACUAAAUAUGAGUUACAAGCUAUGAUUGUACAUUCAGGAACUAUCGAUUAAGGUCAUUAUGUGGCUGUAGUCAAGCGUAAUCAGAAUGUAUGUUUAUCUUAAUGAUUUGUGAAGUUUUAUCUCUUCAAUGAUGAUGAAAUUGAGCGUCUCUUACCUAACCAAAUCAAUCAAAUUGAUUCUGCUUAUCUAUUCAUGUAUCGUAGGAAAAGUGAUUGA